AUGGAAAAAAAAAAAUUUUCUAUGAAGGAAAAUAUCUGUAAUGAACAUAAUAAAAAAAUAAUCGCAGCUGAUAUUAGUCCAAAUUUCAAAGGAGAAAAACGAAUUGUGUGUAAAAUAUGCUUAGAAACAUUACGUGAGAAAAUGGAAAUCUCUGGAUUAGACUCUGUAAAAUCAAUCAUUGAAAACAAAUUAUAAAUAAAUCGAGAAAAAUUAUAUAAAAGAAUAAACGAUAAUAUCACAAAAUUUAACGAAUUGAAGGAAAAAUGUGAAUCUUUUAGGCAAAAUAUGUUGACAAAAUUAAAUACAAUAGAAUAAAUUUUGAAUGUUUGGGAUACUUAUUUUGCUUCAAUGAAAGAUAAAAUAUUAGAGUAUAGCCUAAUUGAUGAGGUUUAACAAAUAGGAAAGAAUGAAGAAAGUAAAUAUGAAAAGGAGCUUAUUAAUUAAAUUAUUUUGAAUAAAUAGUCUUUUGAAAAAAAACUUAGUGCUUAGUUUUCAAAAGAAUCUGAUUAUAAUGAUUUACAAUUAAUAUUAAAGGAAGUUGUAAAUAUAGAUUAUUCUGGAUGUUAUAAUUAAUAAAAAAAAAAAAUAAUUAUUCGAGAAUAGAAAAUUAAUAUCAAUAAAAUUGGGGAUUUAAAGGAAUAAAAGGAAUAAUGUAGAGCAGUGGCUUUUAAUAAUCAAGGAUCAAUUAUGAUAUCUACUUUAGAUAGCUUCAUAAAAGUAUGGGAAUUUAAGGAUGGGCAUCUUAAAUUAAUGUAAACUUUAAAAGGUCACGAAAACUUUGUUUAAUACUUGUUUUUCUUAAAGUUGAAAAAUAAUUUUAUUUCUAGUUCAGAUUAGACUAUAAAAACCUGGUUUUUCAACUCCCAAUGGAGUUGUUAGCAGACUAUAUGUCUGAAUAACUUCAGUUUCACUUGCAUUUCUACAGACCUAAAGGAGGAAUAAAUUUUCUUUGGAAGCACAGAUAAUUCAAUUUAGGUUUGGUAGUUCAAUGAAUAGGAUCAAUUAAGCAAAAAAUAUGAUUUAAAAAAACAUGAUCGAUUAGUAAGUUCGUUGAGCCUCAAUGAAUUGGAAACCAUUUUAGUAUCUUGUGCAAAAGAUAGUGCAAUAUCUGGUGUACAGGGCUAGGAAUAAAUUAUCGUUUGGGAAAAAAUAUAAAGUCAGCAAAAUCGUUUUUAAUUCAAACACUUUGUUACGUAGGUGUUUAAAAUAAAUAGACCGUAACUUAAAUUUAUUGAUGAAGACAGAUUUAUCCUAAUAUCUGAGAAUUAUCAUAGUGCUUUUCUAUUUCAAGAUUUAGAAGGACAAAUUACCCAAUUUGUUGAUUUAGUAUUCUAAGAUUAACCUUAACGAUUAUUUCCAAUUUUAUACAAUAAGGACAAAUAGCUGUUAUAUUUCAAGCUUUAAUCAUUUAUUUAUAUUCUAAAUAGUAAGUUAGAAUUAUAAUCUUUUUUGCGAUCUAAUGGAAUAAAAGUAUAAGGUGCUGUCACGAAUGAUGGAAAAUAUUUGGUUUUUUGGGAUGAGAAACAUCAAGGGUAUUAAACAUUUUAGAUUAGUUAUCCUUGA